CAGGUAUACAUAUGAGCCUGUCCUGCAUUGGCACCGCGCAUUCCGUCGUUCCGCAAACCACAACUUUCAACUUUUAACCGCCUUCUUUGCUGAUGGCAACAGAAACUCAGACUCAGCCCAAGCUGCCCGAAUUCACCGCCCUUUCCCGUGUCGCUUCCAUCCCCCUCGUGGCGUCUUCUCUUGACCAGUUACAUUCGGCACUGUUGUCCAAUGUCUUCACUCGUUCUCCUUAUCACGCAGCCCAAGCCAUCUCCAACACAGCGUUCAAUUACUCUCAACACCUACAACUACGCUUGGCACCCUUGAUAGUCCGUGCCGACGGCUAUGCUAACAAGGGGCUAGAUAUCGUAGAAUCGAAGUACCCUUACCCAUUCAAAGCCAAACCAGAAGAGGUGGUGUCCUAUGUACGAGAAAGACGUCAGAGCGUCAUAUCGACCGCCAACAAGCGGUUCGACGAGAACGUCAAGUCUCCUGCACUAGGCGUCGCGGAAGGAAUCGAUAAGCGCUUCGCACCUCUCGUCGAUUAUUUCGAAAUUGCUGUUAACAAAGUCGGCAAGGAUUCAGUGGCAUCGUCGCCAACGUCUCCGCCUGCAGUAUGCCAGUACCAGUACCAGCGCGCUCUAAACCUAUCCAAACAUUUGAAAGAUAACUUGUAUGUCUACUCCUCUGAGCAUCUCAAACAGCUACAGCAGCAGAGCAUCUUGGUACAGAAGGCGAUGACAACUGCAAACUCGAUCCAGGAUCUUGCAUCGACGUCAUUGAGCCAGGCGCAAACCCAUAUCCAUACCCUCUCGGACAGUUUGCUGUUCGAGCUACAAAAGCUUCAGCAAACUACCGCUGCUCUCCCGCAAACGAUUCAGUCGACGUACCCUGACAUAUCCAAGUCUGUCAAGGAUCUUCGUGACAUUGUCACCAUGCCCGAUCUACCAGUCUCGGAGAAGGUGAACCGCGUGGGUCACGAAGUCAAGGAACGCGUGAGCCCACUACUGGAGAAGCUGUCUCAAAGAAUCAGCGAGUUCGUCAACGUCCUCAGUACUAAGAAGGAUGAGGCCAAGGAGGCCAACGGAGAUGGCACCGUUGGUUCUGAUUCAUGAAAAGUUUCCCUCACCUUCCGGUUUUGUCUUUUUACCUCGCGUACGUCAUGCUGCCCUUGUACUUUUGACGAUUUUAGAUUUCAUAGAUGAGUCAGCGUCUGUACUCGUCCUAUGUUUUACCACCUU